CUCUCACUUGUUGCUGCCUAUCGCUUUUGCUUUGAUAAAAGCCAUUACUCCCGGCCGUCCAUUGCUCGCCGCCGCCGCCGUCUCCGGCGACCGACCGCCAGCUUCGUCGUCCAUGGCCUCUACAAGCCCUAACCCGGCCUCUCUCUCCGCGCCCUUGCUCUCCGACUCCAUCUCGCCCGCCCACGCCGCCAACGGGCACGCAGCCAACCAUCGGCACCACCACGACGGCGCCGUCGCGGCCUCCGUGUGCGGCGACGCGGGGGACCCGUUCGCGUUCCUCUCGGAGGAUCGGCCGCCGCGGGACCGUGGGCCGUCCCCGGCCGACCCGUUCCGCAACGGCACGCCGGCGUGGUGCGGCGGCGCGUACGCGUGGGCGAGGACGCUGCUGCUCCUGCCGGUCGCGGCGGUGCGGCUGGCGCUGUUCGGGCUCGCCAUCGCCAUCGGUUACGCGGCCACGUGGGUGGCUCUCCGCGGAUGGGCGGACACGCACGUGAGGCCGCGGGAGGGCGGCGGGCCUAUGCCGGCGUGGCGCCGCCGGCUCAUGUGGAUCACGCGGAUCUCCGCCCGCUGCAUCCUCUUCUCAUUCGGGUACCAUUGGAUCAGAAAGAAAGGAAGGCCCGCUCCUAGGGAACUCGCACCUAUUGUUGUUUCCAACCAUAUCUCGUACAUAGAACCCAUAUUCUUCUUCUAUGAAUUAUUCCCAACCAUAGUUUCGUCCGACUCUCAUGAUGCCCUACCAUUUGUUGGAACAAUUAUUCGAGCGAUGCAGGUUAUAUAUGUUGAUAGAUUCUCACCUGCUUCUCGGAAGGCUGCUGUAAAUGAAAUAAAGGAUGUCCUUUCAGAGAAAGGCAGCUUGCAAUAGCUUCCCGCGGGUCCUGUUAUUCCCUGAAGGCACCACAACAAAUGGGAGAUUCCUGAUUUCGUUCCAACAUGGUGCGUUCAUACCUGGCUACCCUGUUCAACCUGUUGUUGUCCAUUAUCCACAUGUGCACUUUGAUCAAUCAUGGGGAAAUAUAUCGUUAUUAAAGCUCAUGUUCAAGAUGUUCACACAGUUUCAUAAUUUCAUGGAGGUAGAGUACCUUCCUGUUGUCUACCCUCCUGAGAUCAAGCAAGAGAAUGCCCUUCAUUUUGCAGAGGAUACCAGCUAUGCUAUGGCACGUGCCCUGAAUGCCUUGCCGACUUAUUAUUCAUAUGGCGAUUCUAUGAUUAUGGCACGAGCAGUAGAAGCUGGAAAGGUGAACUGCUCAAAUUAUAUGGUAGAAAUGGCUUGGGUUAAAGAUGUUUACGGUAUAAGCACAGCAGAAGUGAUGGAACUAUUGGAACAUUUCCUGGCUAUGAAUCCAGAUAACGAUGGACGUGUGAAAGCUGAAGAUUUCUGGGCUCAUUUUGGUCUGGAUUGCAGUCCUCUGUGCAAGAAGAUAUUUCACUAUUUCGAUUUAGACAUUAAGGGGUUGAUUACGUUCCGUCAGUUCUUGGUUGGGUGCGCGCACCUGAGGAAGCAACCACUGUUCCAGGGUUCCUGCGAGACCGCCUUUGAGAAGUGCCGGGGUCCUGAAACGUCUGAGAUCUCCAGGGCACAGCUAGCUGAUCUCUUGCGGUUAAGCAUGGUGCCACCUUCUGAUGAUAAGAUGCUGGAGCUGUUCAAGACGUUCGAUGUAGAUGGCGACGAGAAGAUCAGCAGGGACGACUUCAUGGCGUGUCUUGGGAGGUUCCCGUUCCUGAUCGCGUUCUUUGCUGCCCUGAUCAAUGGGGAAGUGUACAUCGAGAUAGUCUGAAUGAAUGCCUGAGGCAAAGCGAUGCCGCGUAAAAGGCUGGAGCUGCCAGUGCCAGGCGUAGGCAGGGGAUCCCUCCGUUUAUGCAAUGUGGAUACCCACCGGGUGCUCCUCCACUUUGAGACCAAAGCAACUGUAGUAUUGGGUAUUGGGUUGCAUCAAGUGGCUGACCAGUGUAGUGCGUCGAUUUUGUUUAGUUGCUUCGUUCGAAUUAUUAUUGGCCAUUUACCGAAUCUGUUGAGAUACGCGCUGGACUAGUAGAUUGUCGAUGGAACUCAGAACGCAAAUAGAAAGCAUCUGUAAUCUGAACUAACUGAGAAAACAUUUUUUUUUGGCUCUC